CAGUGGUUCGUUCCUCACUCCAGCUGAUCGGCCCAGGAUCCCCGGUGGUUCCGUCCGUUGCUGGCUUUGACGGCCCCAGCGUCUUAACGUCGACUUCAACUACUUUAAUUUGACGGACUAGGUGGCUGCUUGUGUCGUCAAAUUGUCCACCCUACACUGAAACUCGGAAGAAUUAUCUGGGCAGAGUGACGGUUGUAUGCUUAUCAAAGCCAAGGGGAUCUAAACGCAAAUACGAGGCCCUCACUCCAUCCACGGAUUCACCUGCUACACCGACAGCUUGACACGGGAGACAGACAUGGGCGACACGGGGAGCGAGGGCAGCAAGCCUCCGAGUAACGUUAACGUUAUACCCCCUCGCUGCCCCUGUGGGUUCUGGGGGUCAAGCAAAACCAUGAAUCUCUGCUCAAAAUGUUUUGCAGACACUCAAAAGAAACAGCCAAACGACGACUGUGCUCCAAAGGCCUCUUCAAACUCUAACACCAGUCAAGCAGACAUGUUCUGUAAUGAAACAAACAACAGCAUUAGUCAGUCCCUCAUAUCAGACGACCCUUUGCCCGGAGAGAUAGGAGUGACAUCUCUACCUGUUCAGGACGGAGCAUCCAGCAACGACACAGUCUUGGGUUCAUUCUCCACUCCGACAAAACGUACAUUUGAGUCAGCCUCAGAUUCAGAAAGUGAUGUUUCACCUGAGAAGCGAGCGAGAGUAGGUGGGAUCCCAGAGGGUGAGGAGUCUUCAUCAUCAUCAUCGUCUUCAUCCUCGUCUCGCAGUGGCUCUAAACAGCGGAGCCGUAAGCGUUGCCAUCGCUGCCAAACCAAACUGGAGCUGGUACAGCAAGAGCUGGGUUCCUGUCGCUGUGGUUAUGUCUUCUGUAUGCUCCAUCGGCUUCCAGAGCAGCACGAGUGUCUGUUUGACCACAUGGGCCGUGGACGUCAGGACGCCGUCCUCAAAAUGGUUAAGCUAGACCGCAAGGUGGGCCGCUCAUGCCAGCGCAUCGGGGAAGAGUGCUCUUGAAUAGUCGUUCCCUCAGAAGAAUCUUUAACAGGGAUAUUAUUUUCUUGUCUUUUUUUUUUUCCUCGAGAUUUUUGCUUUUUUUUUUUUUUUUUUUUUUUGUGAGAGUGGAGAUACAAACCUCCACCUUUUUUCUCUUAAAACUAUGCUUGCUCUUUUUGAAUUCCACUAUCGCCUAUCUUGGUUGUUUUCUGCUUUUGUUGGCUUGAUUAUAUCCCUGCUGCCUUUUGGAAAAAAACAAACCAAGGAAAGACAAAACAAUAAAGAGCAAAGGAAAUAUACAGUUUGUUCCCUUUUGUUGCAAACUCUCGACUUCAUAAAAAUGAAUCGAGUAAGAUGACAUAAAUAAGACAAGAAAUGCAAUGCUUUAUACAAGUGUAUUUCUUGGAAGCCAGACUUUACUCUUUACCUCAGAAAAGGAAAGGAAGAAACUGAGGAGGAGGAGGAGAAAGAAAAGGUUAUCUUUCAUGUACUCCUUGGCUUUGGCGCUGUUUAUAGACUGUGCUCUUUACCUCAAAAUCAGACCAGAGCUGCUUUGUACUCUGCGCCAAGCACGGACUUUGUGAAACAAACGAGCAAGCGAGCCUCAGUUUAAUUCAGUGUCUUACCCCCCCUGGCCAUCGAUCACCCAUAACCCUUAACCUCUAGAAACACAAACGCCUGUUAAAAUCAUCCACCUCAGGAUACUGAAGCUCAGUCUUCCCUUCUCCCAUCAACUUCCAUCCUUCUCUCCUACUCUACACAACACAAUUUUCUCCAUUCAUUUAGGAUUCUGUGAGGCUGUUUCUGCCACUGUGGAUGAUAAAACUGUUGGUGGAAGUCUAAGUCCAUAUAUUCAGAACUUGCAGGCUGUCUUGGACUCAGACACACACAGUGGUGGUGGGAACCGUAAACCGUUUGUCCUUGAAUAACUGAGACCUGUCUUCAGUGUCAGGAUGUGACUGAGGAAGACUUGAAGAUUUUGUCUUCCUCUUUUUGUCUCUCUUAUCUCUUUAUUAUGUGCAAACCUUCCACAUAAAGACGUUUCCUCUUCACAUCCAUAAUCUUUUUCAGGAUGUGUACAAACUUCAGCACGACAAAAUUUACAGGAUGUGAGGGAUAAAGCGUUCUUAUGAUUUGGACUUGGACCUGGAAUGUCUGCAUUGUUACACAUUACUGUACUUUUGCUAUCAUACACAGUUUGACUCUGGUGAUAUUUUAUGCGCUCAGCUGUUGUUCACAUUGAGCACAAACAGGUAAAAAUCUAACGUUGCUGUAUACAUAAUUUGAUCUGAAGCUGCAGUAGCAGUUUCUGAUGGCAGUCUGGGUCUCAUCAUGUUUUUUAGUUAUCUUUGUUCCCAGCUUUGAAGCAAGAUUUUGUAUGGGGGUAUUUGAUUCCUUUUUACCAGUACUUUAAUAUCCCUUACUAUAAGUUGCGAUUUCUAGCUAGCAUGAUGAGAUCACAUGCAUUCUCCUCUUCCUGUGCUUUUCUUUGGUUUUCUCAUCUUUCCCUGUAUUGAUUGCUCUAUUUUCUCUCGUUUAAUUCGUUCUCCUUCUUUCUUGUUGCGCUGUAGAUGGAGGGCAUAGGGCUGGAGUCAGUGUGCUGAAAGUUAAAUUCAGUAAAUAAUUACCUUCCAAAGGUUUUCCAGAUGGAGUGUAGAAAAAAUGAAAAGAGAAUGCGUAAUGAAUGAAUAUUUGGUAUCCUAAAUAAAAAAACUUAUUUAACCUUGUUAACAUUUUGCAUUUCAAACUUACACCGAAGUUUAGAGCUGAAUUUUCUUUUGGUUGUUAAGAUAUCAAGUGAGAAGGUCACUUGUGUAAAAUUCUAUAAUUUUUCUUUUGCUUUACCGCUUGCUUCUCCUCUUCACCCUUUUUUUGUUUUAUUGAAGAAGAAUAAACUGGAUUAGACAAAAAUAAA